CAGGAUCCACAGGGAUACCCCGCGAAGUACCGGUACCUCUGACCCCUCGAAAACCCAGACCGCGGCAUCCUGGAAAUUGCGAUUUUGUGCUGAAUUGCCUGCCCAGCCAGUCAUCCCCAAUGGUUUCGAGGACGCGGGGCCGGUACCUUUUUUGCUCAGGCGUGGUUUCUGGCCGUGGUCCCUUCCGUUGCUCGCUCCCCCAACAGGACCAGAAAAGCAGAAGUGGAAGCUGUACCAACCGUCCCUGCAAUUCUGACCUGCCCUCGCCGUGCCUGGCAAAGAAUUGGAUCGAUCCGUUUCCUUUUUUUCCUCCCCUCCCAUCCAAAGGCAAGCAAGCAUCCCGUCUCUCUCUUCAUCUUUCAACUCUCUCCCGCCCUUCUUCCCACCCCGUUCGAUCAAUUUUCCCUUCUCUUCAUUCCUCCCCUUCCCUCCAUCCACCAUCAACAUCCACACUCGACUGUGACCUCCGUCAUCGAGUUUCUUGUCGUCCAACACAACAACAGUCUUUCACCACUCUCAAUUGACUGUUUGCGUGUUCCUCACUUGAGGCAACCGAACAUAGGAAAUCUUCACAUACCUGAACUCUUCUAAUCCACCACAAUGUCUGCGAAGAGCAUCCUCGAGGCCGACGGCAAGGCCAUCCUCAACUACCACCUCACCCGUGCCCCCGUCAUCAAGCCCAGCACGCUACCAAACCCGACCAAGCACAACCCUCCUCCCAGACUUGCUUCCCUCCACUUCGCCGAGGAUGCCGAUGUGAACGGUGUUCUCAGCCAGGCUGAGGUCACCUACCCUUGGCUCCUCCAGGAGGGCGCCCGCUUCGUCGCCAAGCCCGAUCAGUUGAUCAAGCGCCGUGGCAAGAGCGGUCUCCUUGCUCUCAACAAGACCUGGGCUGAGGCCAAGGCCUGGAUUGCUGAGCGCGCCGGUAAGCCUCAGAAGGUCGAGCACACAGAGGGCGUCCUUCGCCAGUUCCUUGUUGAGCCGUUCGUGCCCCAUCCUCAGGAAACCGAGUAUUAUAUUAACAUCAACUCCGUUCGUGAUGGUGACUGGAUUCUCUUCUACCACGAGGGUGGUGUUGAUGUCGGUGACGUCGAUGCAAAGGCCGAGAAGAUCCUGAUCCCCGUCGACCUUUCACAAUACCCUUCCAACGAGGAGCUUGCGAGCACACUGCUCAAGCAUGUUCCCAAGGGCAUUCACAAUGUCCUUGUUGACUUCAUUGCCCGUCUCUAUGCCGUCUAUGUGGACUGCCAGUUCACCUACCUCGAGAUCAACCCCUUGGUUGUGAUUCCCAACGAGGAUGCCACCUCUGCCGAGGUUCACUUCCUCGAUCUUGCUGCUAAGCUCGACCAAACGGCCGACUUCGAGUGCGGCAACAAGUGGGCUAUUGCCCGCUCUCCCGCCGCCUUGGGCAUUGUUGCUCAGAGCUCUAACACCGGUGUCAACAUCGAUGCCGGCCCGCCCAUUGAGUUCCCCGCUCCCUUCGGCCGUGAGCUCUCCAAGGAGGAGGCUUACAUUGCUGAGCUUGAUGCCAAGACUGGUGCCUCGCUCAAGCUUACUGUCCUGAACCCCAAUGGCCGUAUCUGGACUCUCGUCGCUGGUGGUGGUGCCUCCGUGGUUUACGCCGAUGCCAUUGCCUCGGCUGGUUUUGCUGAUGAGCUUGCCAACUACGGUGAGUACUCUGGUGCUCCCACCGAGUCUCAGACCUACCACUACGCUCGCACUGUUCUCGACCUCAUGCUCCGUGCUCCUGUCUCUGAGAAGGGUAAGGUCCUUUUCAUCGGUGGUGGUAUUGCCAACUUCACCAACGUUGCUAGCACUUUCAAGGGUGUCAUCAAGGCUCUUAGGGAGUAUGGCAAGGCCCUCAUCGAGCACAACACUCAGAUCUGGGUCCGUCGUGCCGGUCCCAACUACCAGGAGGGUCUCAAGAACCUCAAGGCUGCGACACAAGAGCUCGGACUCAAUGCCAAGAUCUUUGGCCCCGAGAUGCACGUCAGUGGUAUCGUGCCUCUGGCAUUGGUCCCUGGCAAGUGGGAGGAGAGCGGUGCGGUGGAGUUCCAAGCUUAAAAGGCUGAUGGGUGUGGCGCACAUGGUAUUAUAAAUAUUUCAUUUCUGGUCAGGGAACGGGGAGCGGGUUUGGUUCAUUUUAUCCUGGUGCAUUUAAUGCGGACAUGACAGAAGAUCCCAAUAGAGCGAGAACUCGCAUGGAAAGUUGUACACAAAAGCUUAUCUCAGAUGAAAGGUCGGCAUGUGAAGAUGAUAUGGUGUCAUUGAGCUCUGCUAAUUACCCAUGAAGCGUUGAUCGUAAGGUGGUGAUGUGUGUCUGGUUGAGGCUCGUCCAGCUAAGUACGAAACGUAUCUACUUGAAUUUACAAUACUACUAGUUUCUCGGCA